CAUCGCGCCGGCGCCGCGGCCGAGGCGGGAAUCGUGCUGUCAAGAAGACCCUGGUCGCCUCCUGCCUUUGUCUCGCCCGCUGAUUUCGGGGCCUCUUUAUGCCUUUGGCGGCGGGGAAUUGAGGGAGAGAAAGAGCCAACCAUGAAGUGCACCAUCCCGGAGAUAUCGUGGCACAACCGCGACCCUGUCCUGGCGAUAGACAUCCAGCCCAACCCCCCAGAUGGCGUUUACCGCCUCGCGACGGCCGGGACGGACACGCACAUUGUGAUUUGGCAGCUACGUAUCCUUGAUAAUGGUGGUGUUAGUGUUGAGGCAUUGAGUGACCUAACUCGACACAACAGAGCUGUGAAUGCAGUCAGGUUUUCUCCUGAUGGAGAAAUAUUAGCGUCAGCAGAUGAUGAGGCUGCUGUUAUUCUUUGGAAAAAACAGCAGGAGUCAUCUUCAGAUAUUUUUGCUGAUGAUUCAGAGAAAGAAAAUAAAGAACACUGGACUGUUCUGAAGAUGUUAAGAGGUCACCUGGAGGAUGUAUAUGACCUUUCCUGGUCUAAAUGUUCACAGUUUUUAAUCUCAGGUUCUGUUGACAAUUCUGCAAUUUUAUGGGAUGUUGGCAAAGGUAAAAAUAUAGCAUUACUUAAUGAUCACAAAGGAUUUGUGCAAGGCGUAACAUGGGACCCGCAAGGCCAAUAUGUUGCUACUUUGUGCUCUGACAGAAACUGCCGCAUAUACAAUACUGGGACAAAGAAAUUAAUGUACAAAAUAUAUAAAUCUUCUUUACCUGUAGCUGAUGCAGAGGAUAAUGUAACAGAAAGGGCUACAAGAUUAUUCCACGACGACACCUUGAAGUCCUUCUGCCGCCGCCUCAGCUUCUCGCCAGAUGGAGAAAUCCUGCUUGCUCCCUCGGGUGUCCUGGAGGAGGAGAGUGGCAAAAUCACCAAUGUCACUUAUGUGUUUUCAAGGCAUUGUUUAUCAAAACCAGUCAUGUAUCUCCCAACAAAAGACAAAUAUACAAUGGCAGUGAGAUUUAGCCCUAUUUUAUACGAGCUGAAGCCAUUGCCACUUGAGGAAGGAAAAGAGCUCAAGGAAGAAUCGCGAGAACCUUGGGAGGAACAUGCCAAUCUCUUCCAUCUGCCCUAUAGAAUGGUGUUUGCUGUUGCAACCCAAAAUGCUGUUUUGCUGUAUGAUACACAGCAGCCAGUACCCUUUGCAAAGAUCUCAAAUAUUCAUUAUACACGCCUUAGUGAUGUUGCAUGGUCCUCUGAUGGGCGUAUCCUUGUGGUGUCAUCGACUGACGGCUACUGCUCUCUGGUUUCUUUCACGGAAGAGGAAAUUGGUAUUCCCUACAAAGGAAAGAUUAUUGAAACUCAGGUAAAGAAAGCUGGCACGAGUCCAAAUCUUUCUGCUAAACCUUCUUCAAGAGCAUCCUCCCCACGUGAAGAACCAGAAAAAAUGGAGACAGAAGUUGUUGAGCCUCCAAAGAAGCCAGUUGAAAGCAUUGCUGUAAAAAGCAGCAAGAGUGGAAAGAGAGUGUCAUUGAUCACCCUCUCUGGUCCAACCCAUAAAAAUGAUGAAAACACACCAGCCGUCAAAGCAGACACUACGCAACCUCAAGUGAAUGGACACACCCAGGGAGAAGCAAUGGAGGUUGAUGAAGAAACCAGGAAGAAGUUUGAGGGUGAUGAUCAGAGUCCUACAAAAGGACCAAAAGAUCCCUCGCCUGCAAAAACUCCCACUGGUGUGACCAAGACGCCUAGACGAGUGCCACUUAUAAUGCUUUCCAGCCCCAAAGGGAAAAAGAAUAUUGUGAGUGAAUCAAGAUGAGCUAACAGAGGCUGAUGCUGUUUGAUGAUCACUAGAUUGAUUCUGGAGUGGUUGAACUUCCCCUGUGAUAGUGUGCCCAGUGAUAUUCAAUGCUACUGUACUUAUACAGGGUUAUUGAUAGGGAAAAGAACAGUGAUUUUUAAAAAAUUUUUUUUUUUAUAACAUCAGUUUUGUGAUUAUAUAUUUUUUUAUUAUUUUACUUACCUUCAAAGAUUGCAGGCCACAUAUUCUGUGAAUAUAAUGACCUGUGAAAAAUUACUUCAUAUACUUUUUAAAAACACUUGUGUAGAAAACACUGGUAUGUGGAGGUUUUGAAAAUAAACACUACGAUCUGCUUUCAAAAUGCUUAAUACGAUCUAGAUGUGAAAUCUCUAAAAGAAAAAUAUUGAUCAUUGUUAUUAUUGCAAAGUAAAUGUAUACCUUUGCUGAUAGUGUUUACUAACAAGACCAUUUUGAUACUGUAUAAAUUGUCCCAGGGAAUAGAUGCAGGGAGUAUAGUUUUUAUAUCAUACCUUGCAAUGACAAGUUUGAGAAAUUUAUUUGUAGAAAUGGCAGUGGUUGUAUAUGCUUGAUACUAUCAUAGAAAAUGGCAGUGUCACUUCAUGAAAGACAAACGCUAUGCAGAUUGCGGAGUAAUUCCACUACCUCCCAUUCUGAUGGGAAGAAAAGGAAGCAUAGACUAUCAAUUAUUACAUUUGAAGUUAAUUUUACUCUUUGGUGCUUUGCAGAAAUUUGUCUUUAGGAAGUGCAUGUUUUUGGAGGGGAGAAAUCACUUUGUAUUCUUUGUGCAGGAUUUUUUUUUUCUUGUUUAUGCUACUGCAGUGUUUAUAGUUUAGUAAAUUAUAUAUGGAACAUUGCAUUUUAUAUCAAUAACAAGCUAAAUUUGUGUGUAGUUAUGCCAUGUAGAAUGUAGGUGUCAUAUUUGAUAUGUAUUUCUUAAAAUAAAAAUUAAUCUAUAUUUAA